CGCCGCGUCGUCGCCGUAGUGUUGCGAGAAAAUCGCCUGAAAAAUAAAUUCGCGGACCAGCGGCCGUCGCAAGCGCGAAGAAAGUCGCGGCAGAAACCCUCUCGACCAUUUCACCGCGUGCCCGCACCGCUCGCCGAACCCCAACCUCGCGUCGACCUCGCGCCAACCUUAACCCUUUCGCUUUUCAAAAUGAGGCGAGUUUCCAACUUCACUCUUUUGUGGAUGUGAGAUUGUGAGGAUUGUGCCGGGUUGUGAGCCCACUGGAUUUUGUGCUUUGUACCCUAGCGCGAGAGUUUCGUAGCAUUUCUGUCGUUCGGUAUUUGUGAAUAUUGUGAACCUCUCGUCACAUGCCUUCAGGAAUACUCAGAUGACGUUUGGUUUCCUUGCCAAUGCACCACUCAAGGAUGAUUACGAGAACGCAAGUGGUGGCGGUUAGUAUAGCAGCGAUACUGAGUCUUGGCCUCGCCUCGGAGCGGCACAAAGGCCGGCGCCCGAUGGCCACCGCGAUCGCCCUCCAGCAGGUCCCGCAGGCCUCCGAGAAGUUCUUCGACCUGACCGAGAAGCACAAGCACCCGCACAAGCGCGGCCUCUUCGCCAAGUUCAUCGGCGCCAUCACCGGCAACGACGAGUCCGAGAACGCCCCCGUCAUCACCAUCACCUCCGUCCACGGCUACCCGGGCAGCCACCGCUUCAGCCCCGGCUACACCUACGGCUACGCCCCCAGCUACAGCAACUACGGCGGGAGCUUCGGCUACUACCGAAACGCCGGCUUCGGACCCAAAGGCUUCAGCUCCUUAGACGCCUACGCCCCGCAAACGAGCGCCCUUAAUAGCAACAGCUUCUCCGGCUUCUCACCUGGCCCCCCGCAGAGCUACGUGAGCCACGGUCAAACCGCCAAUGGUGAACCCGUCAAGACCAUCACCAUCACCAAGGAGGUCCCCGUGCCGUACCCCGUCCACGUCGAAAAGAAAGUCCCGUACCCUGUCAAAGUCCCUGUCGACAGACCGGUCCCGAUCACGGUGCCGAAGCCGUACGCUGUGCACGUGGACAAACCGGUGCCCUACCCGGUCAAAGUCCCCGUACAGGUUCCCGUUCCGGUGACGGUCGAGAAACACGUUCCUUUCGCCGUUAAAGUCCCCGUCGACAAGCCCAUCCCAAUCCACGUUCCCAAACCGUUCCCGAUCUACAUCGAGCGGAAAGUCCCGUACCCUGUGGAGAAACACGUGCCAUUCAGCGUUAAGUACCCCAUCCAGCAGGGGCCGUUCCCCGUCCAGCAGGGACCGUUCCCCGUCCAGCCCGGUCCGCAUCCUCUGGAGAAGAAGGUCCCGUUCCCGAUGAGGUUCUCAGUCGAGAGACCCUUCUCCUUCGCACAGCCCGGAAUGCGGCCGUACCCCAUUGAUGUGGAGCGACAGAUCCCCUGGGAGCAGAAACCCAUCGUUGUGCCCAUUAAGGUUCCGAUCAAGAUCCCUUACCCAGUGGAAGUGAAGGUGCCUCUCCAUAUUCCCAUCGUCGGGAAGCAGGAGGUCAACCAUAGCGACGGGGACAACUUCCCUGGGUUCGGGGCCACGUUUUCGGGGUUUGACAACUCGGGGAACAACAGUCAAGCCAGUUCGCUGACGGGGGCUGAUUUUGGGGGUAGCUCCGAGUCGGACUUCUUCGGGAACCCGGAGAACAGCUCGGGUGGCCACGAGAGCGGAAGGUAUACGGAGAACUCGGAGAGACCGGAGUCGAACAGCUUCGGCGAGAACCUGAGUUCGUUCGGCGGGCAAGCCGAGGCGCACAGCGGUGGCUCCUCUCACGACUCCAGCAACGAUGGCUACAACUUUAAUUUUGACACGGAUGACAGCGAGAACAACUCCUCUGGAUACGCGUAAUUUUAUUCCUCUGCACUGAAUAAAAAGCUACGGGCUAUAUAGACAUACUGUCCGUUCCGGGCUCAGAGGCCGGAAUUUCCGGGUGCUGGAGCCGUGGCUUUGAUUGCUCCGGGUGCUAUGUCAGGAGGUUUCGGCCUCUUAGCCAGGAAAGUAGGCGUUACGUCUGCAUAGCCUGUAAGUACGGCUUCCAAAGCCGGAGUUUUUUUUCAGUAUGACGAAAUCUCAAUUCAUCAGUGCCGUUCGACGAUUUUCCUUGCAGGUUUACGGAGGAUUGUGGUGAAGUAAAAGCUAAGGUAAAGUCUUGAUAUGCAAAAAAAAACCAAAAAUGCUUAAUUCGAGAGAAUUCCGAUAAAUCGGCCGUGUUUAGAGGAAAGGAACGAAACCGCAUCAGUCAUUGCCAAGUUUAACUGCGUCAUUCAAUAUUUUACAAGAGAAAGAUUGGACGGAUUCCGUUUAAAAUUUAAGGAAUCUGAUUCGUACUUCGUAACAAAUUCAAUGAAAUUUGCAGAGAACUCCGCACAAUCGUUUUCGUGCAAAAAAUAAAUUGCCCGAUUGAAUUUGGCAAUAGCUGAUGUGGUUUGGUUCCUUUCUGCUUAACGCGGUCCGAAUACGCUGGGCUACUAAAAAUGAAUGAAUCUCAGCUCAUUGCGCAGGAGCUAAAGAUCUUCGAACAUUUAUCAGUCCUGAAAAACACUGACUCCGCGAGGUAAACUAAUCGCGCCAAAUAUAGUGUGGCGCGGAAAGCACAUUAACGCCUACAAGACUAGAUGAAUACUUCCCGCAUUGCGCGUGAUAUCACGGCCCGUGCUUGGCGCAUAUUAGCGCCUACAAGACUGCGUGAAUACUUCACGCAUUGUGUGUUCACUACGGUGCGCGAUUUGGACCGCGUUUAGCAGAGAGAAACCAAGUCACAUAAGCUAUUGCCUUUCACUGAGCAAUUUCAUUUUUCACAAGAGAAUUAUUGAGCGGAUUUUUGAAAAUUUUAAGGAAUCUGCUUCGUACUUCGAUGAAAUUUGCAGAGAACUCCGCACAAUCGGUUUCGUCCAAAAUAUAAAUUGCCCGGUUGAAUUGGGCAAUAGCCGAUGUGAUUUGGUUCCUUUAUGCUUAACGCGGUCCGAAUGCGCUAGGCUACUGAAAAUGAAUGAAUCUCAGCUCAUUGCGCAGGAGCUAAAGAUCUUCGAACGUUUAUCAGUCCUGAUUGCAGAGAGAGACAUAAUGGAGUGAUCGAAACGUGUUCAUACCACACAAAAAUCGGAGUUAAAAUGUGUGGACUCCAUACUCCAUGCAGUGAAUAGGGAUUUUGUCUUGAAGCGCAUUUUGCUUCUGCUCAUGGUUAUACAAAUAAACACGGCGCAGAAUUGAAAUCUCUUAUCACCAUAAGCGAAAUGUAAUUCAGAUGGAACCACUAGACACUUAAGUUUUCACCUCCUUGUUAUUAGCUCAAACUGUUUGUAGUCUUAAUAGCCCUGCGCUUUAUUCGUUCUAUCGUCUCUAGCAAUUUACGACUGACUGAUUGCGUACAGUUGAUUUUAGAUUGACAUCCUUCGAUAGAGUCGCAAUGCAGAAAUGUUAAAAGUGUAUCUUAUGCACUGAAUGGUGGGGACAAAUUCUUCAGAAUACCUCACAUAGCUACCAAAACCUACCUCGUGAAUGCAUUUACUACAUGUAGAUUUUAUUAUCCGAACCAGCCUCCCCGAAAAUACAAUUUUUUUGCUAAUGAGGUUGGUAUCCUUAAGAAAAUAAAAGGAAAAUCAUAGAAAAUUGGUGAGGUUGGUAAAAAAAGGGACUUCAUUAUCAAAUCGAUAAUUUGGCUAUCAUUCGAUCUAACUUCGGGGAAUGUUUGCUUUUUUAUGUGGCAACGUGGAAUGUACUGAUAAGGUUUUUACUCACGCCAUUAACACAAAUGAAAUUCGGAAUUUCAAAAGAUCCAAUCAAAUACUGGCUACAUUAACGGCCUCAUUUCCUGAUUGUUUCUCUUGAAUACUCCUCGAGAGUAUCCACGAUCCAUAAGUUCGUUCCUGGUAAAGAUGCCAAUUUUAACUGUUACUGUAUAUAAAUUAAGCUUGUAAAUAAUAUUGUAAAA